CGAGGCGAGGCUACCUUCUCGAUUGAGCCCGAGAGGGCGGCGGAGGGCUUCACCCGGCACCCUGCCUGCAGACCUGGGCGUGCUCAGUCAGCCCUGCCGGAGGGGAGGAGAGGCCGAAGCCGGCUGAGCGGGGCUGAGCUUCCCAGCUCCAUCGAUCAGCUCCUCGGCGGGACGGGAGGCGGAGCGGCGGCGAGGCGAUGGCCGCGGCUGCUGCCCUGAUCGCGGCGCUGCUUGGGCUCCUGCCCGUCCAGACGAGCACCGGCGGGAGAAGCCAGCCCGGAGCGGCUCAGAAGUUUCUGGAGAAAUAUGGCUAUUUUGAGUCUGUACACCAAGUGACGGACCCAGAAGGAUUCUCAGAUGCCAUAAAGGAAUUUCAAUGGAUUUCUCACCUGCCCCUCAGUGGCACCCUGGAUGCCGUCACUCUCCAUCGCAUGAGUCUCCCUCGCUGUGGUGUCAAUGAUGCAGAGAGCCACACGGUGUGGAAGGAGCGCAUGGAUGCCCUCUUCUCAGGAGGGAAAGCCAGGAAGAGUCGCAGGAAACGGUACUUGCAUCACAGUGGCAAGUGGUAUAAACGACACUUGACUUACCGGCUAAUCAACUGGCCUUGGUAUCUGCCAGAGCAGCAGGUCCGUCUGGCAGCGAAAGCCGCUUUUGAGCUCUGGAGCAACGUCUCUUCCUUGGUUUUUUGGGAAGUAGCAGAAGAGCCUGCAGAUAUUCGGCUGACGUUCUUCUACGGGGAUCACAAUGAUGGAGUUGAGAAUGCCUUUGAUGGUCCAGGGGGUGCUCUGGCACAUGCCUUCUUCCCACGCCGUGGCGAGGCCCAUUUUGACAAUGCCGAGAGAUGGUCCCUGGACAGUGGGAAAGGCCGUAACCUCUUUGUGGUGAUGGCCCAUGAAAUUGGUCAUACGCUGGGCCUGGAACACUCCCCCGUAUCCAAUGCUCUUAUGUCCCCUUACUACAAGAAGCUGGGCAAGGGUUUUGUCCUGAACUGGGAUGAUGUUCUUGCCAUUCAGAAUUUAUACGGAAAACCCUCCCGAGGCCCGAUAGUCCAGCUUCCAGGAAAAUCAUUUGCUCGUUUCCAGGAUGGGAAGCAUUACCUUGAAAAUAGGGAACAGAAUCAAGACACAAAUUUCAGGUUCCAUUACUGCUUGUCAUUUUUUGAUGCCUUAACUGUAGAUAUGGAAGAUAAUCUGUACAUCUUUAAAAGCAAGUAUUACUGGAUUGUAUCCAAAGGAGAGUCUGCUGCUGGUCCGUACCUUCUCCAAGCCAAAUGGCCGGGUCUCCCUUCUGCCAUUGAUGCUGCAGCCUUCUCAGAGAAAGACAGGAAAUUCUACUUUUUUAAAGGUGGCCGAUGCUGGCGCUACAAAGGAUCUUUCCUAGAAGUUGGUUUUCCCCAAAAGUGCAGCCUUACUGGUGAUCUCCCACGUCACCCUGACACUGCCCUGUUCUUCCAGCCACUCCGUCAGCUGGUGCUUUUUAAAGGACCUAAGUAUUAUGUAGUCAAUGAGGAGACCCUCCAAGUGGAACCUUAUUAUCCCCGAAGCUUGAAAGACUGGGGAGGGGUUCCAACUUUGGCAAAUGGUGCUCUCACACAUCAGGAUGGCUUUGUAUACUUCUUUCGAAAUGACCAGUUCUGGAAAUUCAACCCAGAGAAGCUAGAAAUCGUAGAAACUGGAAAAUGGGCUGUUCAACUGAGGUGGCUAGGCUGUCAGGAUGUCAGUCUAAAUCAAGCUGGGGGCUGAUCUUUUAUCUCUGGAUUUGUCACUCAUUUUGCCAGUAAAAUCUCCAGAAGGCUAGAACUUCUCAAACUAUUUACUCUGUGUUCAGCAGCAUUCCAAGUUUGCAUUUAAUCUGGUCCCAAAGAGAUUACAAAAAACCAAAAGGCCUGAGCCAAAAUUGUAUUUUCUGGAAGAAAAAUGCAAACUCUCCGGAAGCAAAAGAGUUUGAUGUGAGGAACCAUCAAUCAAGAUUUGCACCAUCAAUGUUAAUUUAUUGUGAAGUGGGCGAGACACACCGGUCCUUGAUUUGCAGUGAUUGUAAGACACUAAAUUGAUGUUGUGCCUUCUAGUCAGUCAGAGGCAUUCUAGAAAGGAAGACUGAAGAUAAGCGUAAUUCUCCACCGGCAGUUGGCUGCACCUUCAUAUAGAAACGGGCCUUCUUACAACUAUAAGUUUAACUUGAAGUCUUCUGUAUUUAUCAUCCAGAAGUGACUGCCAUGAAGAAUGGAAAACCAGAAGGUCUUUUCAGAAGUAAAUUUUCCUCUACAAAUGAGCCUCAAAUACCGGUGCCUAAUCAUGUUCCGUCUACCUUCGGAGUUUGUUCCACUUGAUACAUCUUCAGUAUGGCGCUGAGCGUGUUCCAAAUUACUACCUCUCCUUCCUGUUAGAAAAUGUAUUUUCUAUAUGGUGCUUUUAGUUUUUCUCUUAUACAGGUAACCAUUUUGUAGGAUUUUGGUGUUAUAUUAUAGCAAUCCUGUAUUCUUUUUCCACGUAUAUAGUUUCACUGCAACAUUUGUAUAAAGAAAAAAAUAUGGUACACUCAGAAGGACUCCACACCGUCACAACAGAUUGAGGAAUGAAUCUGAGGCUUCCCUUUGGAUACCCAAAGUGCAUUAAAUUGCUAGAGGAUUGUUUUUUUACCUAAUAUCUGCCAAGUCUUCUAACAUAUUGAUAUUAUUUCUGUCAGGCAUGAAGAAUCAGGAUCAGAUAUAAGUUCCAGUUCAAAAGAUUUAUUGUUCAAGCCUAUACACAAGAAUCUAGUCAACAAAUGGUCAGCACUAAAUUGCCGCUAUUGUAGAUAAGAGUUAAUGGAAUUCAAGAGGAGCUGGACUUGGAGUAUUUAUGGACACAUAAUGAUUCUAGGCUGCAUCCUCUCUUGAUUCUGUGCCCAGACUCUGCCAGCUUUUCUCCUACAAUUUUCAGUAGACCUGCAAUUCCGAGAUAAUUUUUCUCAAACUGAUAUAUUUGAAAGAUGCUGCUAUUUUUAAUAGCUGUCCCUAUUUAGAGGUUUGGAAUAUUCUUACAUCAUUGUUUCCAAGAACAUAUAGAGAGACAUUCUGAUUCAACAGAUAUGAAAUUCAUCUUGACUAACAUCUGAUUUCCCACAUUGAAGCCAAUAGGCAGAACCCCCUUAUGUUCCCAGUGAUUGUGACUGAGACGGUUAUGUUUUCAAGCUUUGGUGAUACCAGUGGCAUGUAAAUUGUCUUCUACAAUGCUUAGACAAGCUGCUCUGGCAUUUAGAACUUGGUUGUUCUGUAGGGCUGAGCUCAGAUAGUAUUAUACUCUAUCAAGCAAUCAUGUCAGCAACUCAUGGCAAAAGCUGGGCAGUUAUAAAACACAUUUCUGAAAUACCAAUUGGCCAUAACAGCCAAGUCAUUUCACAGCUAUAAAAUGAAACUUCACCAGUAUUCUUCAGCUACAAAAUCUUUGUAUGCCAGGCAGAUCUGGUUAUUAUGAUAGUUGCCAAAUUGAAUGCAGAUGUGGUGGAAUGUAUUCUGGAUUCCCAGGAGGGAGGGGCUGCACUCCAGAGGGCAAAGAUGCACUGAAGCAUGGAAGCUUUGGUUGGGAGAAAGAUAGCUAAGGCGGCUCCUCCCGAGUGAUUCCCAGAGUAUAUCUAUAGUGAUGCAAAUAGUUGCUUUAGUUUGGCAAGAUUUCUGUCUAGAGGUGAGGAGAAAUAAAGGAAAUUAGUCAGAAGUAAUUCCAUGUCUUUCUUGGGGCCUGACAGGUGAGGAAUUAUGUCUGAUGCUUUGGAGAUUGACUGGUGGCAUCUUAUGUGAACAUGGUCAUUGUGUCCUUAUUUUUGUAAUAUUUUAUAAUGGUAACAAAAUCAUUUUCUUCUGUUGAUGAUCAACAGAAUGAUGAUCAGAUGACUACAGAUAAAUUGUUUUCAUCUUUUAUUUCUUGUUGCACUAUGACACUUGGUCUCCUUUUCCUUGCCAGAAGAAUGUAAAAAGGAGUUGUUCAUUCUUUGUCCUUCUUCAUGUUGCAACAUGCCAAUGUUGACUUUUGUCAGUCCCAUGCUGACAAACUGUUUAGAAGGCAGCAGCCUGUUUCCCAGGAUUAGACAUUUGUUUACCAGUUAAAAGGCAUGCACAAUGCAUACAUAUACAUUGAGCAAUUUUGCACUGGUUGGCAAAGCUGGAAGAGGACAUUUCUGAACAGCCAAAAUGACAAAGGCAUACUUUGCAAUGGAUCCUGAAUGGUAAAAAUGUUCAGCUAGAAGACUGACAGCUAUCAAUGUUGUUUCACUUGCUCCGUCACUUACAUUUCUUUGCUACCUGUCACUGAGCAAACAAUUGUUAGAAUUGUUUCCUUUUGUUUGAAUUAAUAUAUCUUCUGAUUCUCAGAAACCAUGUAUUUCAGAGUUAAGGACUUUAUAACUAUGUUUUUGCAACAUGCUAAGCCUAACUUUUGGAUUAACAAACUACUGGAGGUGGGAAAAAAACUAUCCGUUUCUCACUGAAAACAGCCUGUCUCUGUAUUCUCAGGGCUGGUUCAGUUUUUUCCAGAAGUGGAUUGUCCAGAACAGGAAGUAAAAGUUUUAAAAUAAUUUGGGUCAAGAUACCACAAACCACUUUCUGCUCCUCCAUUUCCAGAAAUGCAUGAAUUAGUCCUGGAACACCUGGAUUGACUCACUCUGGGUGAAAAUGGCCAAUCAUCCAGAUACUGAACACACAGUUGCUGUGCAUAGAACACACACGCUGUCCAAACAAAUCAUAUUGUUGUUUAACAUUAAGGUGACCAACUGUCCUCCUUUAGGGAGGACAGUCCUCCUUUUGUAAGUUCUGUCCUCCCUCAAAAAGUGUCCUCCUUCAUGUCCUCCUUUUCGAUAUUUGAAGACUAAUUUGCAGGGCU